CGUGCUAUGCCCAGUUAGUUCAUUAUUUCUCUCUUGCUGGUUACUGAUCAAACAAACUAGAAAACAUGAGGAAGAGCACAUUACUGUCGGUUCUGGCUUUGAAUGUGUUUGUUUCACUCCUCAUUAUUGUUGUUGCAGAGGAUGCUGAUGGAAAUUCAGAGGGGAUAAACAUUGACUGCGGAGUAACCCAAGCAAGAUGGGACGAGCUCGGGGUUUAUUAUGAGGCAGAUGACAGAAAUGUUGUGGAAUCGGGUCGUGUUUAUAACGUAAGUUCUCAAUACAUUAGCCGUCUCCGUAAUUUCAACACUCUAAGAAGUUUUCCAGAAGGGAAAAGGAAUUGCUACACGCUCAAACCCAAACAAGGCAAAAACAACAACUUUCUCGUUAGAGCUUACUACAUGUAUGGAAAUUACGACAACAAAAGUUCAGUUCCCUCCUUUGAGUUCCAUCUUGGUGUCAAUUUCUGGACAGAAUCAGUUAUAAGAGGAGUCGGCAACAUUGUGAGAGUGGAGGUCAUUCAUGUUUCUCCUACAAACAAUAUCGAUGUGUGUCUUAUCAACACUGGCCAGGGAACACCCUUCAUUUCCUUGCUCCAACUCUGGCCUCUCAAGAUUUCUAUAUACCGAACCACUUCCAAUUUCUUGCCGCUAGGCCUCGUGGCACGCUCCUCUCUGGGAAAGUCUGAAGAAGCAAAUUAUGGUUUCAUCAGAUACCCAGAUGAUAUCUACGGUAGGUCAUGGUUCCUCAAUACAAAUAUCGAAAACUCAGAGCCAAUCACCACACCAGUUGCGAUUGAUGAUGAUGUGAGUGACUAUAAAUUACCCACAGAAGUGUUGGGUACUGCAAUUCAAUCACAGAACGGUUCGUUCUCCUUAGUUAUCGACUUGGAUUGCAGUACAGAUUACGAGUACUAUGUUUACCUCCAUUUCUUUGACUUCGAGGAACAUUCUCAAGAUCAGCAAAGAAAGAUGGAAAUUACUUUCACGGAUACUAUCCAAGACUCCAUAACUCUUAAAUCCCAUGCGCUGCAAACCGUAGUUAAGUCAAUUCAUAAAGGGCAAUAUCUUAAGAGCAUUUCAAUCACAUCUACCCGAGAUUCUGGUUUACCCCCCAUGAUCAAUGCUUUUGAGAUCUAUAGAGUACUGCCCCAACCGAAUUCACCUACUCUGGAAGGGGAUGUGGAUGCUAUGAGGAUUGUCAAACAUGCAUAUAACAUCACCAGAAAUUGGCUAGGAGAUCCCUGCAUGCCAAGCAAUUAUAGUUGGGAAGGUCUGGCUUGUAAUUACAUCAACAACAUCCCAGCGGUCACUUCAUUGAACUUGAGUUCAAGCAAAUUGACUGGGGAGAUAAGUACUUCAUUUUCCGAUCUCGCAUCGCUGGAGUCCCUGGAUCUGUCCAACAAUCAAUUGACAGGAGAAAUACCUGAAGUUUUAGCAAAGCUACCCAAUCUGAAACUACUUAAUUUGUCAGGGAACAGUCUAAGUGGUUCAAUUCCAAAGGCUCUGAGGGAGAAGAACGGCACUUCUUUGACAUUGAGUUUGGGUGGAAAUCCAAGUCUCUGUCACAUAGGUGCUUGCGGAACCAAAACAAAGAAGCGCAUCAUACUACUCACUACAUUAGCAGUAGCUUCUGUAGCAGUCCUUGUAAUAGUAGUCUGCAUUGCCGUGAAGUUUUGCAGACAAAGACACAGUAUCGUUGGUAAGAUCACAUCCUCACUUUUCUUUAUAUCCAUUUUCCCUUUAUGA